AGAAAACUUAUUCGCCUCACUAAUUCCACAGUUCACAUUGGCACACUCUUAUUAGUCAUCGAUUACUGUAUCGCACAUCAGUUAACCAAUUUGCAUACAAACCUUCUCAUGAAAAAAAAAAACAGCUCAUCAUACCCAUACAAAGCAUAGAUCGCAAAAACUGCCUGGACUAGUAGUGAGCAAGUGUCUGCCUUCAAACCGAACGCCGCGCAACAAGUGCGUCGAAAAUGUGUUCCCAACGAUGUCGGCAAGAACCACCGAGCAAAAGGGAAUCCGGUCAAAAACAUUCUUAUGAUGUCAAGAAAUUCCAACAACUCGAAUCAUCCGACAACAACGACGACGACGCCGACGACCGGAGGAAUUAUUCAAAGCAACGACGAACAAAACAGCCAUAAUAAAUCUGCGGCCCUACAUCUGCUGCUGUCCGCUACUUCCUCAGCCGGUUCCGUUUCUCACCGACCGUUUGCAACGAAGACGACGACGACGUCAUUGUUUGCCGCCGCGUCUCGAUCUGGCACUAAUAAACCAGUAAUGGAAGUAGGGGUAGGGCAAUUAUCGUCGGCGUCGUUACUGCCGGAGCGAAGCAAAAACGACGGCGGCGAUGAGGAUGGAAGUGAAGGCGAUGGGGACAAACGGUGGCAGAGGCAGCGGCAGUGGCAGCAACAACAACACCAGCAACGGCAGCAGCCUGGUUGUCUGUCUGAUAAUGGCAUUGGCCACGGCGGCAGUAGUGCAGUGCCACUUCUCGGGGGUGGUGAUCGUGAUCCAAACAAUUCGCCAACGGGAAAAGUGCUAAGUGAAGGCUGGCAAUGUGCUAAUAUUUACGAGAAUGUCAUCAACGAAAUUGUGAAGCAGCAGCAGAUAUCCUUCGGUGGGAGCAACGGCUACGGGAAGAUCAGAAAGUGCGAGGAGAAUAUCUACGAAAAUAUUUGCGAAGACUGCGGUCGGUUGUACGGUACGGAAAAAUGUGCAUUUUGUGCCGUCGAGGACGAAGAAGACGUUGAGCGUACAAAGAAAUCCAGCAAAUACAGUGCCAAGUUCCAGGAAUUUCUGGGGAAUUUCCGGAUUAGGCCGGUGAGGUUCGGUGGGGUGGGUGCGGUGACGGGAUCGGCGAUACAGGGCAAGCGGAAAUUGUGCAAAAGUGACAUUGUCCACAACGUGGACGGCUUCGAGGAUGUGUUCCGUACGAAUAAAUCAUUCGACCUUGGCGAGAUCUGUCGUAUGCGCGAUGACGCCCGCUCGCAGGUGAGCGUUGAGGAGGAGACUACAAAUGAGCGAAAAGUCGACCGCGGAUUGCAUUGCCACAGCGAAGAUCGGCUUACGUUGCUGGCAGGGGUGGCGGCGGUAGCAGCUAAGCAUCACAUUACCCAGUCAUCGACAUCGAGUGCAUUAACGGUCGCAGCAACAGCAGAAGCAGACACUCCAGCGGCGACUCGGGAGAAAGCCACACCGCGAUCCGUUCCGUUGAAAGUGAGACGAAGUGUCAGUGAGAAUUUGAUCGAUUUUUCCGACUCGCGAAAACGUGAUACAGUUUACGAGAAUUUGAGCGGCCGUUCUCCGUGGCCGUUGAGUGUCGUUGAUCGGGGGCGACUCGUGCGGCAGCUCACCACCGGUGGUGUUGGGGGUGAUGGCGAUGGCGCCAGCGAUGUGCUGUUUCCCGUAAACGAGUGGAUGAUGUCACUGUUGGCGCAGGCCGAAGAUUAUGACGACGAUAUUGUGACUUAUCAUGUGAAAAGCAUUCCGUCCGCCACAUUCAACGACAUUGGCGCUAAUUAUGGGAACGGUGGGAUAUACGGUGGGAAAGGUGAUUGUACCGGUGAUAUAAGCUAUAAGGUUGAAGAGUUUCGUCAAAAUGUUAUUAAUAAUCAGAAGCGAAAAGAAGAAAUUGAAGUGAAAGCUGGAAGUUUUGAUCCUGUGGUGAUUAGCUUUUGUGAUUCGGAGUUCGAAAGCAGCAGCGAGCGGAGUAAAGAUGAUGGCCGGUCCGAUGGCACAUUGACUCCGUGCAGCCCUGAGCCAGGGGACAAGUCCGAAUUCGUAGCUGGUUUGCUGAACAUUUUCGAAGCGGUGCUAAAUCGGGAGAAGGAAGGCGAACGUCAAAACAACGCAGCUGAUGCAAAUGGCCAUGCAAAUGACGUGAUAAGUCCUUAUUGGACACAGGUAAACGAGCUAGAUAGCGGCUGUAACUCGCGGUUAUCGCACAACAAACAACUUGAACGCUCGAAACCCCGUGGAAAGCACAUACUGGUGCAAAAACAUUUACUCGAAGUUAGUUUGUGUCGUGUAGUGAUAACAUUCGAACGUCGAUUUACAGCAUUCUUACUCGUAGCCUCGCUUGAAGAAGCGCUACGCAGUCGAAAGUUGGUGCUAAACAGGCGGAAAACGUAUCUUACCAUAAUGAACCAAGAGUGCCACAGUUCAGCGAGCGCUUUGCGCGAAUCCGUCGAGAUUGAUAAGUACUUCCAAUUUCUCGACAGUAAUCGGGAUAUGAUUAAUUUAUUAGCGAUACAUCGUCGUCGACGGCGCAAAGGUGAACUCAUAAACCCGGAGCUGCAGAGCAACUCAUCGAACGAGAUCAGCUGUAGCAGUUCCACUAGUGGAGUAGUCUCGGAUUGUGGGGCGUCACUGGACGAGAACAUCUACCAGCAAAUAUGGACCUGUAAAACCGAAGGCACGGAACCUGUUUAUGAAUCUCCUCAGGAAAACAUUUACGAAUCCAUCCGAAUAGAACCCGCACGAGAUGAACACGAGUGGGAAGUGGUGGAUGACUUUGCCUUCUCCAAGUCUACUCGGCGCUCGUUGAGUCAACAGCCUCCUCCUGUCCCAAAUCGCAACAUUCGUCAUCCCUUGGAUCGGUACAAAAAUGUUUGCAUCCUGUACAGCCCAGCCGAACCAAAGACCAAUAGGAUAUUUUAUGAUUAUCGUCGUGAUUACAUUUUCGACUAUCGCAAAAGUGAUGACUCAGAAGAUUCUAGUGCGUCAUCGUGCAUCGAUGACGACGAAGAGCUCGAUUUCAGUGAAAGUGGUGCCGAAUCGGAAGAUUGUGACGGCGGUGAAAUAGGGGAGGGGAAAAGAAUCUCGCAGUCACGUGGAGUUCCCGAGAAGAACAGCUGCUAUUCCAUUCCGGACUGCGUCCAGUAUUGGAAGUUUAUGCUUCUGAACGUCAACUACAACGAUGACGAGGAGGAUGUGAUUAUGACCGAAAAGACCCUUGCCGUCAUCACGCAAAACAUCGAUAAAACUGUAUUUCCAAACAUUCCUCAACAGUCUAGUCCAGCAACCAUCCAGAAACCUCCUCAUCCAACUUCACCUGGCAUUCAGCACAGUCCCACAUUCUCUGGUCCAGAAGCAAACAAACCACAAAUUCCCAUCUCGGACAGCUGCCAAGGAACGUACACUUCCAAGAGUGCGGAAAACCUCCCCGAUGUCGUCGCACCGCAGGAAAAGGAAAAAUCCCCCAACCCCAAGCGGGAGCGAAUGCGGGAUAAGCUGAAGAAUGCCUUCCCGUCGAUGAACUCCUCGCGAAAUCCGGACGAUGGGCUCGUCUUCGGUGUCGAGCUUAGCCUGGUGGAGCGAGACGAUAAACUGCAGGUGCCACGGUUCGUGGCGGAGUGCGUGAGGAUUCUUAAGGAGCAGGAGAACAUUGAAACCAGUGGGCUGUACCGAGCGUCGGGCAACAAGAAUUCCAUCGAAAACAUCAAGAAGAAGCUGAACGAGAAACGAUCACCGAAGAAGUACGAAUUCCUUAAGAAACAGGACGUGCACUCGCUGACCGGUUCGCUGAAGCUGUUCUUCCGGGAACUUAAGUCUCCACUGAUUGCAAAGGAUGUAUACGAGUCAUGUGUUCAGCAAACCAAAGAUGAAUUCCAAACCAUUGAACAAAUAAAGUUAAGUAUAGCAAAGAUGGAGCUUAUCAAUAGGAAUACACUGCAUUACCUCAUUCGUCACUUAAAGUGUGUACAUCAGCACAGUGAUGUAAACAUGAUGAACUCAUCCAACCUGGCCAUCGUUUGGGGCGCCUGUCUGUUCGCGUCCACUCUCGGUCUGAUGGAGAGCUACGAGAAUAAUGACUUAGGAAAAAUUAAUACGCUUGUAAAGCAGCUUAUUGAUCAUUACGACAAAAUUUUUGAUGAUGACAAAUCGGACUAGUUUAGCGUGAAAAAGAAACCAUUAUUGUCUUGAUCGAACGUAUUAAGAGAUCAGGAAUGCACUGUUGGUUAAUUGAUUAUUGUUAUGAAAAAGACAAGCAAUAUAAGCAAU